AAAGAAGAAGUUUCUCUCCCACUUUCUCUCAAGUAUCCAUCUGUUACGUUUCAAAGACCGCUUUUUUACCUUCAAAUCUCCUUCUAUCCAAACUUUCUUGGUCUCUGAAACAUAGAAUCAAGUCCCAAAAUUGUGGAACCCCUAGAUUUCUGAUAUAAAAUGAAGAAAGAGCAUGUGAUGUUGAUGCUAUGCACAAUUGUCAUAGCAAUCCCAUUGGUUCAAAGCGUUUCUGAAGGUCCAAAAGCAGUGCAAACAUGGUUUAAGCAGGAGCUCCCACUCAAAAAACAAAAGGUCACAAACCUACAUUUUUACUUUCACGACGCACUAGCCGGACAAGGUCGAACUGCAUAUCCAGUAUUCCAAUCAAACAUCUCCUUCACCAGCAUCACCGGAUUUGGUCUUGGCUUCAUGUUUGACAACCCUAUGACUGUUGGGCCGGAUCCACUGUCCAGGAGGAUUGGUAGGGGCCAAGGGAUUGCUGGUGCAGCAGCCUUGGAAAAACCAGGGUUCCUCAUGAACUUAAACUUUAUCUUUACACAAGGGAGGUUCAAUGGUAGCACCCUACAGAUUCUUGGCACUAACCCUAUCCAGAAUCAGUUUCGUGAAAUGUCUGUUGUUGGUGGUACUGGGGUUUUCCGACUAGCACAGGGGAUCGCCACUUAUCGUAAUGAGACGUCGUCUACUAUUGAAUAUGAUAUUGUCGUGCUUCAUUAUUAAGCUUGUUUUGGCUCGUUUUCUUUUGGUCUUUUAUGUUUAAUUAUUUUUUUACACGAUGUUGCAUUAAUAAGUAAGGAAUUACAGUUAAGGGGUAAACUUGGAAAUCGAUUGUGUUUAACUUAAGGGGAAUCGUUGUGUUGUUUAGUAA